CGGGGGCUGAACUUGCGCCUACUCGUCGCUCGCCCCAGGUCGUGCUUGGACUCGAUCUCUGACUCCCAUUGAAUCUCGUUCACACUCGCUGGGGAUCAAACUACCGCAUUUGAAAGUGGCGAAGUUUCGGGCAGGACUCGAGGCCGCGGUGGUCUUCUGACCUGCUCUGGUCCCUUGGAGUCCCUUACGGAGAGAGAAGCUGGCUCGCUCGGAUGUGUUUCUCGGAUGACUCCAUUUGCUCGCCAUCAUUUCUCGAUGCCUCCAGCUGACUUGCAGGUGGACCGGUCACAGCUGUGGCGCAAGGAGCAAUGUUGCAAGGAUAUCUUGCACCGCCAAGCUGCUGACUAGAAAGGUAAUUCAAGCACGCAGAGCGUCGAUCUUGCGAACACCGCAACCGCCGGACGGACUGCGAUCCUGACACGGCAGAACAUGACGGAUGCACGACAAAGAUGAUAAGGCAGAUCAAACGGGGCCAGACUCCGCUGUUGCCCCCGCACUAAAAUCCGCCGGGUGUUCCUGCUGCCUCGAUAUCACUCCCGAUCAAGCAACAGCGCAAUCCCACCGCAAAUCAAUGAACGCAGGGAGAAAGCAACGCACCGCAUUGCUUUGGAGCUUCUGCGCCCCGCGUUUCAGCCCGUCGUCUGGUCCCUCGAGCAUGCAUCUCGGGCGAUGCGCACUCGCUGCUCUCGCGGUCUCUCUGGUGCAGGCCCGUGUCACGGUGUACUCCCAGCGCCCGUGGCAGGGCACCAAGAUCGGGACGGCCAAUGUCGUCGCGUACACCGGUGCAGCCGCCUACGACAAGGCGACUCUGGUCCCUCCCCCGGUCCCGAGUCCACCGAUUCCGACCCAGUUCGUCCAGCCGCUGAACGUGCAGCCGCCGCUGGGAGCAUCGAUACGACAGUCGGGGUCGUUCUACGGGUUCUCUAUCGAAUUUUCAGUGAUAGAUCAGAUCUGUGAGUGGGCCGCUGUUGCAUCUCGCGCUGGCGGUACUGAUCUGGAGACCGACCAAGUGGGAUUGAAUUCGUACGUGCACGCGCAUGGCCAUCGCCUGCAUUCGCUCACGACAACGCUCCACCGAAGCUCGUUCAUCCAAGUCCCGUUCCUGAACCUCAUGUCCCACAUCCAGACGCACGGCGGAUCAGUCCGCGUCCGGAUCGGCGGAAACACGCAGGACACGGCUGCGAUGGUACCCGCGCUUCCCAGCGGGCGAAUGCUGAUGAAAGACAAGCAUAGCAAUUCGAGCACGCCGCCCCUUCUGUACACUCCGGAAGUGAUCUACUUGCUAGCGAACAUCUCGUCGCUGGUCAACGUCGGGUGGUAUCUCGGGAUCCCACUCAACGACACGCAGCAUCCGCAACUUGAGAUCGCCGAGGUCGCCGAGCGCAUUCUGGGCGACAGAUUACUGGGCCUGCAAGUCGGCAACGAGCCGGAUCUAUAUCCGGCCCACAAUCGCCGCCCGCCGACGUACGGCCCCGUCGACUACGUGCGUGACUUUGGCCUCAUUGAUGCCGCGCUGCGGGUCGACCCGGCGGUGCCGCACGUGAACAAGAAGCUCGUGGGGCCCAGCAUAUCCGGGACGUGGAAACUCGAGGAUGUAUUCAAUGCCAGCUUCUUGACGGACUACGCGCCUUCUCUGGCUGCCCUCAGCGUCGAAAGUUAUCCUGAUAACAACUGCGCAAAGGUCUUGAAAACAGGAGGACCGGUGGUCGAUCCCCAGACAGUGUUCUCCAACUAUCUCAAUCAUACUUCAUCCCAGGAAAUUAUGAGAAAAUACUUGAACAGCACACUUCUCGCACAGAGUUUGAACCUCCCGUUCCAUAUGCUAGAGACCAAUACAGCUUCUUGCGGCGGCUUCCCAGGCGUCAGUGAUUCGUUCGGAAGCGCGCUAUGGGCGUUGGAUUACGGGCUGCAGAUGGCCCACAGCAAUUUCAGCGGUGCGCUUCUCCACUUGGGUGGGCUGAGUGACUCGUACAACGUGAGUGCUGGCCGUACAUUGGAAGAGCCUGAUCUCAAUGUGGUCUUCCACAGCCAUUCACACGUGAGACGCGGUCUGCCCAACUCUCGAACUAUCUCUUUACUCAUAUGCUCAGCCCCACCCACGAAUCAGUCAACGUUCCGCGGCUGGACUGUCGGACCGGUGUACUAUUCAGCCCUCGUUGCGGCCGAAGUGUUCGGCAAGUCCAACCAGUCUCAGAUCAUCGACCUGCAGAUGAACAACCAGAACAUCUUCACGCCGGGAUACGCGAUCUACGAAAACGGCACGCUUGCCCGAGUGGCGUUGUUCAACUUCAUCACCGAUCCGUCCGGAGCGAGUGACUACUCGGUCGCUCUGCAGGCAGUCACUCUGCCGAAAGAGGUGAAAGUGAAGUACCUCCUCGCACCGUCCGUGAGUACGAAGGAGAAUAUCACCUGGGCUGGGCAGACAUUCGGCGCAAAUCUCGCGUCGGACGGCCGUCUCUCCGGGCAGCUCUCAGUCGCGAGGGCCCCGUGCGACGCCAAUACCAGCAGCUGCACCGUCCACGUCCCCGCCCCCGGCUUCGCCCUGGUCAGCUUCCUGAACCCCGCCGCCAACGAAACGCCCGCACCGACGCCGGGCGCGUGGCCGACGACGGCGCACACGAAGACGAUGAACACGCUGACGGUGGAUCCGAGCGUGUUGGCGACGUCAAAUGGUCAUUGGGACGACGAUACGAAGCUCGGGAGCACCAGUCCGGAAAGGAUCGUUCCGGGACCACGCGGUGGACGUCCGGCGAAGAAUGUGCGUAGCGGUGCGCUUGAAGGUCGUUCUAUGAAGUUAUGGGUGGCGUGGUCUGGCACUUUGCGUCAACUCUUCACGUUCCUGUCUAUGCUGUUCUGCGUUAGACGUGUACUGACGCCAGACGCCUUCAUCCAAGCCAACUAUCAACUCAGAUAG